AUGAGUGUUCAUUCCUCGUCAUUGCGAAAUGGUGAACGAGACAUAAAAUUAUCGUCUCCCGUAGAAGGAAAAGCCUCUUCUUCUGCUUUGCAUCUACCAUUUCAUCAGCUUCAACGUUCUUCUGUCCGGUCUCACACCAGUGACUUCACUUCUAGAGCGUCUUCUCCUCCUAAAUACCAGCGUCUUCAUGUAAGCGUCGAGCCUGCAAACCCACUUGAGCCUCUUGCUGCUGCAAAGGCCAGUGUUCCAUUGUCCAGCGAACGCAUGAAGAUGAUCAACGGGCGGAAAGAUCAAUUUGGUACAUCAAAGGCUGAUCGUUACAACAAAAAUCAUAAUUCACUUCUCAAAUCUCCUUCCAAAAUGUCGGGUUUUGUUUCUAAUGCUGCAGCAAAGGCAGCCUCUAGAUUAUCGACAUCAAAAUCCCAUUCCGUACCAGAUUCUAGUAUCGGAAUGCGUCGUCAAGGGGUUUCCUCUUCGAAUUCGAAGCGGCUUCAUAAAGAAUUUUUGACAUCUGGUUCUUUAUUUGAAAUCAAAGAUCCAUCCGAAUGCUUUAAUGUCGCAACGGAAGCUUCAGCUUCUAUGUCACCCGCCAGCCAAAAGCCCGUUCGAAUAAGAAAUCGACAGAGUAUUGCAAGUCCCACUAGUGAUUCAUCACAAGUUCGUCCUUCUGAUUCGCAUUACAUAUCUGCUAGUCAAAAUUCAAUUUCGAAGUAUAAAGACUAUAUCGGGAAAACCAAGUCUCCUUAUCUGGUGUACCAGUCUUCGGAUCAUCCAUCCAGGGCAAAACCUGCAUAUAAGUAUCCAAGUCCAAAUUUUGAUCGAAGUUCGGAAACAUCUUAUGACUUCUGUCCUCUUGAAGUAGAAACUGCUCCUCAAUCAAAAGCUGUUAUAAAAAAAAGAUGUGACGAUUCGGUUUCCCAUUCAUCUAUUAUCAAGAAAGCUGCGGAAUCCAGCUUUACAUCCGCCUACUCUGAAGUUGAUUGGAAAAAACGAAAGGAUGAACAAAGUUUUCCGAAUUAUACGAAACCUAAACCUUUACCAUAUACAAGUUUAAGCGAGGAGCCUUUACCUGCUGUAUCCUUCGCUUUAAAGAAUGAAGACUCAAAUGAUAAGCUUAGUGAUGAAAUACGAAAUGCUGCUGUGGUAGCAUGUAAUCCUUUUUCCAAUCUGGAAAAAAAUCCCGGAAAUACUCUCGAACGCAGCACUUUACCGUCAGAGGUUGCUGCUUCAGGACUGUAUAAAACAGGAGUAUCUCAUCCUGUGCCAUAUGAAGCUUCUACCAAAACUCAUUUCUCAUCUUUGGCGAGAAAAGUGCAACCUCAGCACAAUAUUUCCAUACCUAAUGAGAUACCGUUAGCUGCUGCUCGAAGUACAGCAUUAUUUUCCAAACAUGACUCACAGAGUUUAAAAGACUCUCAUUCUAAUGGCAGCAAAGCUUUACUUUUUGCAUUUAAUGCGGCUAAUCAAGUGUCUGAUUUAAAAAGUCAAUCACCUUUAGAUGAGAGUCUUUCAUACCAUCAUUCUCCGAAACUUAUUUCAUCUGCUCACAUCGCUGCUAAUCAUGCCGCGAACGAAAAAGUGAACCUUUCAUUACGGCCCGAUACAUUGAAUGAGCCCUUGAAUACAACUUCUUUAGUAGCCCAGAAUAAGAACAGCGUCGCAGUUGCUAGACCAUCAAUUUCUUAUCAUCCUCCCUAUCGUCAGUCAGGUCCGUUACCCAAUCGAAAAAUUUCAGCAAGCGACGACGUUUUUUAUGAUGCUGUAGAUGAUGAACGUGCAUUGGCUCCUCCUUCCUCUUUACCAGGAUUGAUGUAUGAUUCAUCUCACAAUACAGAAGAAUCUUUUGAAUCGCCUGUGAGUGCUGAAGUGGAUAAACUAGGCAGUUACUCGGAUACUGAUAGUUCUGGGGAUGAAUUGUCGUUGGUUGAAAAAGGAAGGCCCAUCUCUAGCUUUAAAGAUUCGAUUUUAAAUUUUUCAAAUGAUACUGCUAAAGCAUUGAAGUGGCGAUUGGCAGGUGUUCUUCAACCUGAGAAAGCGGUCGUACCUAGUUUGCUUUAUUUACAUCGUGAAGCUUUAGAUUCUUCAUCAGCGGUUCACGCAGCAGCCAUUGCAGAUAGGUCGUUCCCAGUUGUUCAAGAAAAACCACCACCUUUAAAAUCAAAAACACUGAAAAAGCCAUCACCGCGUACGUUAAGAGGACCUACUAAAAAGAAGAACUUUUUUUCAAAACGAAGCAAUGGUAGAUAUAAAAAUGCAAGGGUAUCCCAAAUAUCCAAGAAAGUUGAUAUUCCUCGUUUCGUGAUUGAUGAAAACCGGAGAAAAUUAUAUGAAGGCUUGUGGGCGGCCAAUAAAGGGUAUCUUUUACGUGAUACCGAUGUAGCGAAUCCGGAAAACUAUGUUUGUGACAUAGUAGUCCGCGAACUAUGGUCAAGAUGUGGUGCUCCCACAAGUGUCCUAGCAAAUAUUUAUAACCUUGUGGAUCGAAAUCAUUCACACAUGUUGAACCGAGAAGAAUUCAUUGUUGGUUUAUUUUUGAUAGAUCAGUACCUUACGGGCAAAAAGCUGCCGCUUAAAGUACCUGAUUCGGUUUGGAUCAGCAGUAAAAGGAUGGGAGAGAUGCUUUGGCGUCUUGAAAAGCUGCAGAAGAAAACGAGAAGCAAAAAGAAGCGUUUUAAGAGGAAAGUGUAUGAAGGCCUUAAAUGGGAAUUGGGUUCGGACCAGGAGGACAAGGGUGAAGAAGAUACAGCGACGUUAUAA